AUGCAGUCACAUCAAUGGCUCUGCCAUCUGUUCGUCGUCGCGCUUCUCCGCGUCUUCCGCCUCCAAUCCUCCUUUCCCUCUCAUUCCCUCUCCUCCUUUCCCUCUCAGUCCCUCUCCUCCUUUCCCUCUCAGUCCCUCUCCUCCUUUCCCUCUCAGCCCCUCUUCCCUUUCCCUCUCAGCCCCGCUCCUCCUUUCCCUCUCAGCCCCUCUCCUCCUUUCCCUCUCAGCCCCUCUCCUCCUUUCCCUCUCAGCCCCCCUCUCAGCCCCUCUCCUCCUUUCCCUCUCAGCCCCUCUCCUCCUUUCCCUCUCAGCCCCUCUUCCGUUUCCCUCUCAGCCCCUCUCCUCCUUUCCCUCUCAGCCCCUCUCCUCCUUUCCCUCUCAGUCCCUCUCCUCCUUUCCCUCUCAGCUCCUAUCCUCCUUUCCCUCUCAGCCCCUCUCCUCCUUUCCCUCUCAGCCCCUCUCCUCCUUUCCCUCUCAGCCCCUCUUCCCUUCCCUCUCAGCCCCUCUCCUCCUUUCCCUCUCAGCUCCUCUCCACUUAUCCCUCUUCUCACGCUGCUUCCCCGCUUCGAAUAA